GAAGGGAGUUAGACGCAUAAACAACCAAUAGGAAAUACACAGACUUUCCAAGACCCUUGGCAUCUGCUCCUUUGAGUACCCUGGAAUGUCCCUUUUUUGUAGAAAGAAGCUGGCGUUCCUCUUCUUUUUUCAUGCCUACCUCCUUUCACUUUCAUUUUCUGUGGGCACUGCCCCAGCUUACGGCCCUGGAUUCUGUGACUGUCGCAGAAGGGACCCUGCUGAGAGAUUUUCUCUCCCGCAUGGGGACACUCCCAGGGCCUGAAGCUCCGUGAGAUCGCUUCCCCACAGAUUCCCAGGACCCAGAGUCUGAAGGCUGAGCCCAGAGCAAGCCAUUGACAGAGAUUGUGAAAUGUACACGCAGGACGACUUCCAGGCACAGAGGAGCCAGCUGGUGGAGCUGCUGGUCUCGGGGUCCCUGGAGGGCUUUGAGAGCGUUCUGGACUGGCUGCUUUCCUGGGAAGUCCUCUCCUGGGAGGACUACGAGGGGCUCAGCCUCUUGGGCCAGCCUGUCUCCCACUUGGCCAGGCGCCUCCUGGACACUGUCUGGAAUAAGGGUGCUUGGGGCUGUGAACUACUCACUGCGGCUGUGCAGGAGACCCAGGCUGACAGACAGCCCCCCGAGCUUCCCGGCUGCUGGGAGCCCCACUCACCCCACCCAGCCCGUGACCUGCAGAGUCACCGGCCAGCCAUCGUCAGGAGACUCUACGGCCACGUGGAGGGCGUGCUGGACCUGACACAGGCGCGGGGUUUCAUCAGCCAGUACGAAUGUGAUGAAAUCAGGCGGCCCAUCUUCACGUCAUCCCAGCGGGCAAGAAGGCUCCUCGAUCUUGCCACAGUGAAGGCGAAUGGGUUGGCUGCCUUCCUUCUACAAUGUGUUCAGGAAUUACCUGUCCCGUUGGCCCUGCCUUUUGAAGAUGCCGCCUGUAAGAGGUACAUGUCCAAGCUGAGGACCACGGUAUUGGCUCAGUCUCGCUUCCUGAGCACCUACGAUGGGACAGAGAACCUUUGCCUGGAGGAAAUAUAUACAGAGAAUGCUCUAGAGAUCCGGAUGGAGGCGGACAUGGCUGGACCUCUGCAGCAGAGCCCCGCCACCCUGGGCCUGGAGGAGCUUUUCAGCACCCGCGGCCACCUCAACGAAGACGCGGACACUGUGCUGGUGGUGGGCGAGGCGGGCAGCGGCAAGAGCACGCUUCUGCAGCAACUGCACCUGCUCUGGGCUUCAGGGAGGGCCUUCCAGGAGUUUAUCUUCGUCUUCCCAUUCAGCUGCCGACAGCUGCAGUGCCUGGCGAAACCGCUGUCGGUGUGGACACUGCUCUUUGAACACUGCUGUUGGCCCGACCUUGGCCAGCAGGAUGUCUUCCAGGUCCUCCUCGACCACCCCGAGCGCAUCCUCUUAACCUUCGACGGCUUUGACGAGUUCAAGUUCAGGUUCAUGGAUCGAGAACGUCACUGCUGUCCGACCGCCCCCACGUCUGUCCAGAGUCUGCUCUUCAACCUUCUGCAGGGCAACCUGCUAAAGAAUGCCCGCAAGGUGUUGACCAGCCGUCCGGACGCGGUGUCGGCGAGCCUCAGGAAACAUGUGCGCACGGAGCUCAGCCUCAAGGGCUUCUCGGAAGAGGGCAUCGAACUGUACCUGAGGAGGCGCCAUCGCGAGCCUGGGGUGGCCGACCGCCUCAUCCGCCUGCUCAGAGCCACCUCGGCCCUGCACAGUCUGUGCCACCUGCCCGUCUUCUCCUGGAUGGUGUCCAAAUGCCACCAGGAACUGUUGCUGCAGGGCGGGGGGUCCCCGAAGACCACCACAGAUAUGUACCUCCUGAUCCUGCAGCACUUUCUGCUGCAUGCCUCCCCGCCGGACUCAGCGGCCCAUGGUCUGGGAGCUGGCCUGCUUCGGGGCCGGUUCCCCACCCUCCUGCGCCUCGGCCGCCUGGCUCUGUGGGGCCUGGGCACGUGCUGCUACGUGUUUUCCACCAAGCAGCUGCAGGCAGCACACGUCGACAGUGAGGACGUUUCUCUUGGCUUCCUGGUGCGUGCCAAGAGGGUCGUGCCUGGGAGCACAGCCCCCCUGGAAUUCCUGCACGUCACUUUCCAGUGCUUCUUUGCUGCGUUCUACCUCGCUCUCAGUGCCGACACGCCGCCAUCCUCGCUCAGACACCUCUUCAACGGUCACGGGCCUGGCUGCUCGCCGCUGGCCAGGGUGCUGCCCAAACUGUGCGUGCGGGGUUCCGGGUGCAAAGAAGGCAGCGUGGCCGCUCUGCUGCAGGGGGCCGAGCUGCACAACCUCCAGAUCACAGCGGCCUUCCUGGCGGGGCUGUUGUCCCAGGAGCGCCAGGGCCUGCUGGCCGAGUGCCAGGUGUCUGAGAAGGCCCUGCUCUGCCGCCAGGCCUGCACCCGGCAGUGUCUGGCCCGCAGCCUCCGCAAGCACUUUCGUUCCAUCCCACCAGCCGUGCCGGGCGAGGCCAAGAGCAUGCAUGCCAUGCCCAGCUUCAUCUGGCUCGUCCGGAGCCUGUAUGAGAUGCAGGAGGAGCGGCUGGCGUGGGAGGCUGUGCGUAGGCUGGACGUCGGGCAUCUCAAGCUGACAUUCUGCAGCGUGGGCCCGGCCGAGUGUGCUGCCCUGGCCUUUGUGCUGCGGCACCUCCGGCAGCCUGUGGCCCUGCAGCUGGACCACAACUCUGUGGGCGAUAUCGGCGUGGAGCAGCUGCUGCCUUGCCUCGGCGUCUGCAAGGCUCUGUACUUGCGAGAUAACAACGUCUCAGACCGAGGCAUCUGCAAGCUCACUGAACAUGCCCUUCGCUGUGAGCGGCUGCAGAAGUUAGCUCUUUUCAACAACAAAUUGACCGACGGCUGUGCGCACUCCAUGGCCAAGCUCCUUGCAUGCAAGCAGAAUUUCUUGGCUUUGAGGCUGGGGAACAACCACAUCACGGCCGCGGGAGCCGAGGUGCUGGCCCAGGGGCUCAGAGCCAACACCUCCCUGCAGUUCCUGGGGUUCUGGGGCAACAAGGUGGGUGACAGAGGAGCCCAGGCCUUGGCUGAAGCCUUGGGUGAUCACCAGAGCUUGAGGUGGCUCAGCCUGGUGGGGAACAACAUUGGCAGUGUGGGCGCUCAAGCCUUAGCAUUGAUGUUGGAAAAGAACGUGGCCCUGGAAGAACUCUGCCUGGAGGAGAACCACGUCCAGGAUGAAGGUGUGUGCUGUCUCGCGAAAGGACUUGAGAAAAACUCAAGUUUGAAAGUCCUGAAGCUGUCUAACAACCGCAUCACCUCCCUUGGGGCAGAAGCCCUCCUGCAGGCCCUGGAAAAGAAUGACACCAUCCUGGAAGUCUGGCUCCGAGGAAACACUUUCUCUCCGGAGGAAAUUGAGAAGCUCAGCCACAGGGACACCAGACUCUUGCUUUGAUGUCUCUAGGUCAACGUUCAUCUCGGUUUGUUUGGGAGCAGGCCGUGGGUUUGGAUCCCAGAAACGGGAUGACAUCUGACAGCAGUCCACUCAGAUGGCACCUGGUCCUGCCCAGGGCCAACCCAAUAGGUCACCUUUGUUCUGGCAGAGGAAGGCGCAUCAGGGCCCUGCAGAGGAGACUUUCCCAAAGCCUAUUUUUGCUGUCAAGUUCUUCCCAAGAUUCAGUCCUGGGAUGUAGAAGAGGGGCGGCCCCCCUCUACAUGAUGGGGCUGGUCUCCGGCCAACCUGACAUAGGUCAGUGGAGCCACGAUGCCACUGCGUGCUUACUGGUGCAGAGAGCUCCACGUGAGGAGGGGUAUUCAGGACGCAACUUUCUGCUGUGUCUCAACUCAUGGUCACCCAUUAGGUUGUUCUCUACGUCUGGUUCCUCCACUCAUCCUGGACCCCUGUACCUGGCACUUCCUCUGUGAUUGAGGAUUCAGAAUACUGGCGUUCUCAUCUUUGCUCCUUCCGUUACACCCCAGCCCUCCUCCCGCCCUCCCAUCCCCCUCAACACCCCACACAUCCUGGAUGGGAAGGGCUUUAAUUUACCCUGCUCUCCUUCUGGUACUUAAAGACAUUUUUGAAAGGGGACACAUGACAGCCAUGUGUUUCCAAGACAUUCUAGAUUUUCAAGAAAAUAAUGACCACACUACAGCUGGUAUCACAUCUGGACCUUUAUUUCCAGUGAAGCAUUACUCUUCAGUUAAACCUUUGGAAACCACUCCCCAUCCAGAUGCAGCUUUUUAAAAUUAAUCUGGGCCAGAAUUUUGAACAGCCCCACUCUGAUGCCUGUGAACUGAACUCUGGCAGCCGACUUCCAAAAUAUAUUCAUAAGAGACGGUUCAGUUUUAUUUGUGCCAGAAUGCUUUAGGAUAUAAAGUUAUGGAUCAAAAGUUUACAGAGCAAAAUCAAAGGCCCCUCCUUAUAAAGCAAAUGUUUUUUCUGAAUUUUUCAAAAUGAUGCAUGUUGAAGCUUUUCUAAACUGUCAGGUGCUGUGCAAGUGUUAUUAUUUUAAACACUGUUAUCUGUGAAAAACUGGUUAAUAUUUAUAAACCACUUUGUUUUUUUCUCCCAAGUUUAUGUUUUUAUAAAAAAAUAGGGCCAUGAAUCUUGUGCCGCACAUAAUCACAGAGGAGAAAACUACUGAG